AUGGCGAAACUACCAGCCAUUCCGAUUCUCUCCUCCCCCGAGGGCGAAGCCGCGGUCGUUCCGUCGUCUCACAAAUUGAGCGUGAGAUAUGCGGCUGAGAACUCUCCUUCCGUUGAGAGAAAAAAGAGAAAGAGGUCGAAGAAAAGAAAUCAGACCCCAGAGUCCCCGAAGCCUUCUAAGAAAUCGAAACUCAAGAUUCACCCAUCGGGCGGCAAAUACCGAAAGCAGGACAGCCCGAAGCUAAUGACUCCAUCGCCGCUCGCCUCCUUUCCUCAACCUCACAAUCCAAAUCACCCGUUCAUGAAGACCUCGACGAUCCAACUUGAGCGUCACGCUGUUGAGCCAGAAGUUGAGGAACCCUCGAAGUCUCCCAUACAGAACAAAGAAGACGGAGAGCCGGUUGCGACUAUCGAGGCCGAUGACAUUAUCGAGACUGGUGUCACCAUCGAUACUGGUAGCACCGACUCGGAUGACAUGCCUAUGGCUAGCAGGUCGUACAAAAGAAACCCAUUCGCCGGCCAGACCUACGAAGUUCCCGAGCAGCUCAUCGAAGACAGAGCCAGUCCCGACCUUGGCACACAGCCUGCCCAGAAACUCAAAUCUUCCACCUAUGUGCCUGGCAAAGAGACACUCGCGGAUGAUGAUAACUGCUACAUCUCCAAGGCCGCCUUCAACCUCCUCACAGCUCGCCAUAUGACCUUGCAGCAUAUGGUCAAGACGUUCAUCGAAUCAGUGAACGAUCUGGAGACCACAAGCAAGGGCGAUAGGGACAUCCGUGACGGAAUCCUGGCAGAGGCCAAGUCUCUUCAGAUGGGCAUCAAAGCAGUUUCCAAUGCUGCAUACGAGCUUCCGUUUGCCAACCGAACUGGCGCCACCGCCAGAGCAGCUGCAGACAAGCCCCUUGCUGCCAUCGAGAAGUUCAAUGUGAAGAAGAGAAUCCAUGCUGAAGCCAAGGCUGCCGCCGCGGAGCAGCAGGCUGUGGAGAAGGAGGCAGAGAUAGCGGACAAUGACGGCUCUGAUGUUGAAGACGGCCCGGAGGAUGGGAAGGAAGACGACGGUUUCGAGCUGGAGACAGCUGAAACUCAUGGAGAAGCGAUGGAUGAGUCGCAGUAA